AACAUUUUUUUUUAUCCCAACGAGCGAGUUUCUUUUUGCUGUCGCAACCUCACUUCGAGAAAUUCCGCAUACACACAUAGGGCGAGCCACCCCACCGCACAAGAACCACUGGCCGUGAACCCUUCCAAUAAAUAACUCAUCUACGCAUCAACCCAUAAUCUUUUCCUUUCUCCGCAGAAGGACAUCACCACCCGUCAUCAUGUCAGACCAGACCAACGCAGCCUGGCCGCUCGCCGACCAAGCGAUGACCCAGACAAUUCUGGAUCUUGUCCAGCAAGCCUCGCACUACCGCCAGCUGAAGAAGGGGGCCAACGAGGCCACCAAGACCCUGAACCGCGGCACCUCCGAGAUUGUGAUUCUCGCUGCAGAUACCACCCCACUGGCGAUCCUCCUCCACCUCCCGCUCCUCGCUGAGGAUAAGAACGUGCCCUACGUGUACGUGCCCAGCAAGAUGGCCCUGGGCCGCGCAUGCGGUGUCAGCCGUGCCGUCAUCGCGGCUAGCAUCACCACCAACGAAGCCAGCGAUCUGAAUACUCAGAUUCAGACGCUGAAGACGAACGUUGAGAGGUUGAUGAUAUAGGCUUCUAGAUGGACGGAUUGGGUGGAUAUUCUGGAUUUUGGAUUUUGCGGAGGCAAUCACUGGCCCGGGAGGGGGUUGGCAUGACCAUUGGGCUGUUCUUACUGACUACUGGAUAUUUGAACCGGUGGGGAAUCGGACAGUGCCAGUGGCGGGGAUUGUGUAUAACCAGCUAUCCUCUACAGAGCCAAACGGGGAAACCUCCCACAAGUAAAUAGGGUGAAAAUUUAGAUUUAAAAAACUGAAAAAUGCUAUCUCAUUUAAACUCUUACCCAACUCCUAAUCCCUCCAUGUUUUGUAAUGUUUUACGUUUCAUACAUGUUUGAUUUUCUAUAUUGGUUAAUCUCCACAAGCCAUGAUCAGUAGGACAGUUGAAGAGACUGGGAAACAGAAAAGAAUGAAACAAAAUAUACAGACACAAGAACAAACUAAACAAGCUUCAUUGACUGACACGAUAUGGCGGCGUGCAGAAGAAGAGCAUGUCUAAUCAUUUGAUCCCCGUACUUGGUUCCAUUACACCUGUGGGAAAGCUGUACAAAGCUGAAGGACAUGAAUGAAUCUGAGCGAUGAUAAAACCUAGAUAUAUAACUGAGAAGAGAAUCAAAAAAUUGUAGCACUAAUGAGAGAAAACAAAGCACUGAAAAACAAGAUAUGUAAUGUAUGUACAUAACAACUAUCAUUUUUCUCUUUCCGCCAUCUCUCUGAUGUGUUGCUUUUAUCUAUCUAUAUGUACUCUAUAUUUAACAUGGUGGUGGCCCGCGAUAGGCUAGUUAGAAUAUAAAGCCGAUGAGAAAAGAAAAGCAUAUGUCAAACAAGAAAACGAAAGGAAAAUCAUAAAAAACACAAUAAAUAGCC